AUGACUACGUCACCAGCAGACGCAAGAAAUGAUCCGCGAAACGCGAACCUGCCUCUGGUAAAUCAGCCUCAGACGAUCAUCGGAACGGCAAUCACGUUUCUGGUACUUGCCAUUGUAGCAGCAAGCCUGCGGCUUUGGAGUCGUGUUCGGGAUCGCCUCUGCGGCUGGGACGAUGCAUUUGUCUUCCUUGCAGGCUUCGCUAGCAUCGCCGGCGAAAGCAUGGUCUGCCUGAUGCCGUAUGACGGGCUCGGGUUGCACUUCUACACCCUCAGCAGCAGCGAGAAGGAAGCUUACUUCAAGCAUAUAUGGGCAAGCAAUGUUGCCUACUGCGCUAGCACCACCUUCAUCAAGCUAGCCAUCUUGUUCCAGUAUAUGCGACUUUUCGACGAAACAACGACCUCCACCACCUCGUCUCGGUACCAUCUUGCGCGGAAGUGUAUCUGGUCUGUCAUUAUUAUUUCUGCCAUGUGGGGGUUCUCGUUCUUCAUUCUAGCACUCUUCCCUUGCCAGCCAAUUGCGAAGAACUGGAAUCCAACGUUGCCAGGCAAAUGCGUGGGCUGGGGAACAAAGGACCCCGACCAAUUCUUCCGUAUGUGGGUCGCUCAAGCUGCCACCAACAUGUUCCUCGAUAUCAUCGUCCUGUUGCUGCCUCUGCCGUUUCUCGGCAUCUUACGGCUCGCAGGCAAAAGUAGGGCAGCGCUCAUCGCUCUUUUCGCCUUGGGUGGAGUUGUCGCUGUUAUGUCGAUAGGCCGCAUGGUAUCUCUCUGUAUCGACCGCGCCGGCACUGUUCCCGUCCUCGACAUGUCGUACCACACCCCUGUUGUGUUCAUCUUUAGCAUCCUCGAAGUCAACAUCGCCAUCUUGUGCGCGUCGAUUCCUACUUUCUGGCCCAUCAUCAGCUCCUUCGCGGCCAACAGAAUCCUCGUUGUCAAUGAGGUCCUCGUCCACGUCGAAGAGUACCCAAAGCCGAACCUUGACGGCCAGCCGGGCAUCGGGCUCGCGGAGCAGGGCGCGUGGAAGUCUCUACCUGAGUCACCAGGUGUUCAGACGCAGCAGCCAAGUCGUUUGGGUGCAAUUGUGCGGAAGUUCGACCAGAGGCCCAGCAAAGAGCCGCAUGCUGGCGCAAAGCACAAGAACAAAAGCAGCGUGGCGUCCUCUGUGGGAAAGGCAUUAACGCGACCUGAACUGAACGGCUCCGCCCCGCGGUCAAGCCAGGAGUCGCAGCACAUUUUGUACCCGGCGACGAGCCGGGAUUCGACGAGUUUGACAAAAAGCGAUUACGACUGGUUUGCAGAGCUUGACAGAGAUUGCGUGGGCAAGUGA